GGGUGGUCAAAAGAAGUGAAGCAUUUGGAAGACUGUAUAUAACUUCGAACAUAAGAGAUUAUAUCAGAACACAAUAACUUGGAAAGAUGCAGCCUUUCGCAGUUUUGGUAUUCGGAUUGACUUUUGGGACUAUUCUGGCAAUAGACGAUGCUUUCAAGUAUAGACAGAAUCCACCAAGUCGAAAACCAUCGCAAUGUACAGACGAGGCCCGCAAUUGUGGUAAUCUGAAUGCCGGGUCUUGUACCAGAAGGCGCAACGAGCGCUUAUGUUGCGCCACCUGUUGGCGAUAUCUGGUACAGAACAAGAAUAACCCAAGAGAUUGCCCAUAUGGUGACAGUGCAUCUAACUGCGCAAGCUUGUCGCCAAGAAGUUGUUCGUCGUCAAGGAAUAAAAGAAUAUGCUGCUCUACUUGUGCCAGAUAUCAGACUGACGAUCGGGAUUGUCCGUAUGGGGAUAGUGCAAGUAACUGUGGGACCCUGAGUCCAGGCGACUGCUACAGUGCCAACAAUAGAGAUCUGUGCUGUUCCACUUGCAAACGGUUGGAAACAGGAGAUCCAUCUUGUAAAUGGGGAGACAAUCCACGACAGAUGAUAACAGAUAACACGGGCAACCGACUCCCAUGCAGAGACUACGCCUUGCACAUGGGCUUUGAUUUCUGUCGAAUGCUGAACGCCGGUGGAAGACAGAACUGUUGUGUUACAUGUAAAGGACAUUUUUAAACUAAAUAGACUAAUAUGGUGUACUGUAAUCUAAUAAACUUGA